AGGAGGAGAGGGACAAGGAGCAGGAGGACAAGAAGGAGGAACAGGUGGAGGAGUAGCUGGAGGGAAUGAAGAAGAGAAAGAUGGUGAGAAUGGAACAAUUGCUUUAGAAUCAUGUGAUCAACCAAACACUUCAUCAUCACUUAUUGUAUCUACUCAUUCCACUGGUAUACCUGAAGCUACAGUGUAUGCUGGACAAGUGUUUUAUGAACGACCAGAUUUACUGAGAUUUACUGCUGCUAGAGAUUUGAAUGCCUUACGUCAGUAUAUAAAGCAGACAUAUGUCAUUCAUGAAAUGGAUGAGGAUUUUACAUUCCAGCUUAAUCCGUCUCUGAAAUAUGCUUGUAUUCAGUUAAUGUUUGAUGGUCCACAGUUGAGACCAACAACUGGCUGGACUGUUAGUCCUCAUAAGAAUCCUUGUCUGAUUAGGGAACGUGACAUACUUGGUUUUGGUGACAUUAGUACUACAAUUCCUCCAUCUUGCCUGGUAUCAAUAUAUGCUGAGAAUAGUCCCCAUACUGUACCUAACUUGAGUUAUUCUGUACCAUUGAAAGGUGUACAGGAACAAAUGGAAAUUAUAAUUAACAGAUCACUGAAGGAUAUAUUAGAUGCACCUCAUUCUGUUGGUACUAAAGAUGUUCCUAAUCCUGGUUCACAUAAUGACCUCAAGAAGCACCUUAAUGAUCUGAAACGUUUCCUUUCUUCUUCAGAAUUAUCAAUGUUUCGUGACAUAGCUAAUGGUUGUAUGGAUGUAAAAAUUAUUAAUUCUUCUCAGCAUGAUGAGUUAUUUGAUGGGAUGAAUAACCAGUCUUUAUCAGAAAGAGUGGGACUUUUUGUUCAGAAAAUUACAAAUACAAUUGAAUUUUGUCCAAAUCAAAUUAGUACAUUCUUGUCUAUACUGAGGGAACAGGAUCAUGUUGUUCUUUCUACAUUAGCUGACAGGAUAGCUGCUUCAUAUAGAUGAACAAGAUAAUGAUUACUGGAGCAAUGACAUUAUAAUUUUUUAUCUUUCAUAUGGACUUUUUGCUUUAUGUGUUGUGUGUGUGUAGUUUUGUGUUUGUAUUUAACUUUACAAAACAGUUGAGUAAGAUCCCUAA